AUGGCGCUGUCGGGCUACUCCCCAUCCGUGGGCAUUACCGUGAACGAGGCCACCGUGACGCGGCAGCCCAAGAUCGACCGCAGCCGACCCGAUGUGGAGCGAAAGGACCUCGGCCUGCGCUCCGCUUUGGCCGCAGCGUGCAUCGCCGGCGGCGUGGCGGUGGCCCAGCGUCGCAGCCGUGUGAGCCGUCGAUUCCGCGAUGAGGAGCAGCUGCACACUGAAACGGACUUGCAGAACGAAGACUGGUCCUCUUUCCAGGAGAUUAUGAGCAAGACUCGCGCAAAAGACGAGGAUGUCACAGACGUGGAAAAUAGCCUUCCGGUGCAUCGGCCAGCAGGUUGGAGUGCUUUCCGCCCAGUGAGUGUGGUGGCGGCGAAGAUGUCCGGCAAGCUGAAUGCUGAGCUGGCCAACGGCCGGCUGGCAUUGCUCUCUGCCUCUCGGGACUUGCGUGUGGAGACCCACGCCAAGCCCACUCAGGAGGAGAUAGAGGCAGCCCGGGAGGCGCGGAAGAAGUUCGACCUGAAAGAGCUGCCAAGCGAUGAGGGCUACGGUUGGGACCCCGACGAUGUGGAGAAAGAGAAGCCGUUCGACCCCUCUGAGGCGGAGGUUGGCAUCACAGCACCCCUCGGCUUCUUCGACCCACUCGGCUUUUGCAAGGUCGGCGACAAGGAGGGGUUCCGCUUCAAGCGAGCAGCAGAGAUCAAGCACGGGCGUGUCGCCAUGAUGGUGCCGCAACUGCAAUGCUAG